GAGGAGCCAACGGGCUGGCUCUUCCCCUAAGCGGCCUGAGGUGACCUCUGAAAAUGGUUCGCUAUUCACUUGACCCAGAAAACCCUACGAAAUCAUGUAAAUCAAGAGGUUCAAAUCUUCGUGUUCACUUUAAGAACACACGUGAAACUGCCCAGGCCAUCAAGAGUAUGCGUAUCCGAAAAGCCACCAAGUAUCUGAAAGACGUCACUUUACAGAAGCAGUGUGUGCCAUUCCGUCGCUACAAUGGUGGAGUUGGUAGGUGUGCCCAGGCCAAACAGUGGGGCUGGACACAGGGUCGGUGGCCCAAGAAGAGUGCUGAAUUUUUACUGCACAUGCUUAAAAAUGCAGAGAGUAAUGCUGAACUUAAGGGUUUAGAUGUUGAUUCUCUGGUCAUUGAGCACAUCCAGGUGAACAAAGCCCCCAAGAUGCGGCGUAGAACGUACAGGGCUCAUGGUCGGAUUAACCCAUACAUGAGCUCUCCUUGCCACAUUGAGAUGAUCCUUACUGAAAAAGAGCAGAUUGUUCCUAAACCAGAAGAGGAGGUUGCACAGAAGAAAAAGAUAUCCCAGAAGAAACUGAAGAAACAAAAACUUAUGGCCCGGGAGUAAGUUCUGCAGAAUAAAUGCAAAUAAAAAUAA